AUGUUUACCCUUUAAUAAAAGAUUAUAUUCUGUCUGAAGCGACGUAUGAUUUCCAGAUUCACUGUGCCAUGGAUUGCCUGCAAGAUCCAUUCUGUACCGGAUACAAUUUUAAGAAAAAGCACCAGAAGAAAACUCCAAACUGCCAGUUAACACACACGCUGGGCCACAACUUUCAUGAUUGCAACGCUGAUGACAAAGGCUGGAUAUUUUAUCAUCCUGUUGCUCCAAGAAAGGUACGAAACUGCAGUAAAAUAUAUAUUUAAUAAACUUUGCCAAGCAGCGAGUGAAAAGAAUGCAUGAGAAUUUUGCGAUCUUAACAAAUUUUCCUAUUAGCAAUAGCUACAGUAUACCGCAAUUGUUAUAUACAGCAAGGGUGCCAUCCGACCGGGCAGCAAGGGAAAAGUUGUUACCCACCCGAACUGACUACGUACAUAGGCCUAUAUAAAUAAACAAAAUUUUGGCAGAACUCGCAAGUUUAGAAGAUACUAUUUUCCAAGUUUGUGUUAAAAUAAAGAAUGUAUAAAAGAGAAGAAAAAUACACAACAGGUAACACUUCGUCAGAAUAUGUUGCUGAAACCGUUUAAGUAGCCUAUAGGUUAUUUUAUUUCGUCGCUAUAUAACAAAACAUGCAGCAUGCGAGUGACGACGUAUUCACGUAUAGGCGAGUUGUGCGCUUGAUUUACACAGUACAACUAAAGCUUUAACCAGGUUGCAUGCGACAGUUUUAGGCAAAAGUUGUGUAGUUUAAAUCGGCCGCUCGCGCUAAAAUGGUUUAGAGUUAAAGUUGGACUCAUCCUUUGGACUCAAUUAUAUAUUUAUGCGAAAAUUGUAUACUUUUGAUACACUAUUGCAUCUUUUUACUCUAUAGUCCCGAUAAUAUUUUUAAUGAAAAAAGUUAGCUUUAUUUAAGGACAUCCACUGCGGACCAAUAAUUAUUAUAGUUAACUUGUGAUCUUAUUCUGUUAUGCAUGUCAGCUUAAAUAAUUAAAUUUGCAUGCAGGCUGAAUUUCUCUUAGUUUAUGGUGAGCUAAAUAGUCUAACACAUUUGCUUUGCAGGUUCCAUGUCAUAAAAUGAAAAAUUGUAAAAAUGGGGGAAAGAAGAUCAUUUAUCUCAAAGAUGGACCUGGUUCUGAUCGAUCCUUACAGGUGUGA